UAUUCUAUUCUAUUCUUUCUGUUUCACGGUUUUGCCCGACAGCGCUGAAAGGCCUCAGCAGUCACGUGAGGCUCUCUGAUAAAGUCGGAAAUGCGCAGCUGCGGGCAGUAAAAGCAGCAGCAGCAGAAGAAAAUGGCCACGGCGGCGCUCACUGCGGGUCUGGAGCGAAUCCCAGACCAGCUCGGGUACCUGGUCAUCAGCGAGGACGGCGUCCUGGCUUCUGCAGGUGAGCUGGAGAAUGACGAGCACACAGCAGGCGUGAUCAUGCAGAUGGUUCGAACAGUGAGCCGCUUCAGGUUAUCAGGCUCAGCUGAGCCACCCUUCAAACGAAUGUCAGUGAUCCUGGAGGAUUUCGUCUACACCGUGACAGUCUCCAGUCAGAAGGUUUUUGUGGUCAAACGUCAGCACAACCACCAGGAGCCGAUCAGUGUGUAGACUUGACACCAGGAGCUCAGCCGGGGUCCAAAGAGCCGCCAUGGCGAUGAUGUGUGUGAUUAUGUCGUGCUUUUGAUGUUUAGUUCGUGUGAAAUAAAGGUUUUUGAAUGAAA